AUGCUCAACACGUCGUACAAGAUAUAUGCAAAGGUGAUGGCACUCAAGCUGCAGCCAGUCAUGCCCCUCAUCAUCAGAGAACAACAGACUAGAUUCGUGCCGAGACGACAGAUUGCAGAAAACAUAUGGACGUACCUCCUAGCACAGAGGUGGGCAAACGUCUCAAAUCAACAGAUUGUAGCGUGGCUACUAGACUUUGAGAAGGCCUACGAUCGAGUCGAUUGGGACUUCUUGGAGGAUUGCAUGUGGAAGAUAGGGAUCCCAGCAAGGACUAUCUCGUGUAUCUCACUGCUAUAUAGGGGAGCUGCAAGCCGGGUCACACUAAAUGGAGAGAUAGGCCCGACCUUCCACUUGGGACGCUCAGUGAGGCAGGGAUGUCCACUUGCCCCCUACCUGUUCCUGAUAGUAGCAGAGACACUGGGCUCUUUCCUCACACAUGGAGGGGAUAUAAAAGGCUUGGUGCUGCCCUCUGAACGGCUACAACUCCCGGGAACUCAAGCUGUGACGCAAGAGCUGCAAGACGGGGCAUUUGCAGAUGACACCGCACUCUUCCUACUUGCCACCCCGGGGAACCUGGACGCAGCAAAAUCCAAGCUGGAGAUCUUCAACAUGGCAGCAGGGGCAGCCAUAAAUUGGAACAAGUCAGUAGGCGUGAACUGGGGAAAGCCAGGCAUCGAGGCCUGGGGACAGGAGAUAGGCUUUCAGUGGCUUCGCCCUGGCGAAGACACCCGGUACCUCGGCAUCCAGGUUGGGGUCCAAUACAGUGCGGCUACGCAGGACGACACGCUUCUCAGGAGGAUCCAGGCUGCAGUUCAGAAAUGGACACCGAGGAAACUCGGACUCCCAGCUCGGAUCAUAGUGGUCAAGAGCGUGAUCCUCCCCAGCAUCUGGUACCACCUCUCAAUUUGGCCGGUGCUGGAAACUACACUGCAGAAGGUGAGACAGAUGGUGCGAACUUACAUGUGGCGGGGAGCAUUGGCUACAGGGCAAACCAUGGCCAAGGUGGCGUGGCAAUCUACAGCGAGGCCGCGCAUUCUAGGGGGGCUUGGGAUCAUUGACCCCAGUGACAUGGCAAAGGCGAUGAGGGCCGAGGAGUGGCUUAACCAGCCUCUAUUUUUCAACACACUGUUCAAGGUGGGAGGGACGAAGUGGCCGAGAAGAUGCCUUCAAGCAGGGGACUUUGUGGCAAUCCAGCGGCAAACAGAGUGGGAGGAACACGAUACAGUGCGACGUCCGCUGGGGACAUGGACUCGAGCAUUCACUGCACCUACACUAGCAUGGGAAGAAGGAGAUGUGGAGGUGUGGUUUGUCGCCGCACCAGAGCACAACAUAGGAUGGCCUUUUCACAUCAUGAGAGGAGACACACUUCUCCCAAUGGGUGAGAAACAAGAGAUGUCGGAUGUCACGGACGAUGAGGUACGUGGCAGGAUCAGCGUGCUUAGGCAGUCACCCAAGAGGCUGGACGUGGUGGAAUCAGAAGACCUGCUAGAGGGCGAUGGAUCACUGAUAUGGUGGCGACAGCAGCUACUAGAAGAUCUGGACUGGGACCCUGCCGCAUGGCGACGAGGGACGGGAAGCUUUUUCUCCUAUGCAAUCAAGGAAGCUCGGAAUGGACUACUGACAUCGCGAGAGGAGGCAAGAGAGGAGAUUCCGAAGCUAUGGCAGAAGUGGAUAGCACAGGGGGUUGACGUAGAGCAAGUGGUGGACAACACAAUUCACUUCUGGAAGCUGCCCGUGCAGGAAAAAGUGAAAGUCACCUCGUGGUUGGUAGCGAACAAUGGGCUCCCGGUUGGACAGCGAUUCCAGGAUGACACGAGUCGCAGAUGCAAGGAGUGUGGCGAAAUCGAGACAGUCAAGCAUGCGCUGUGGGAGUGCGACACUGCAAAGGAGGUGUGGCGCCAGAUUAUUAAGGCAGGGAAGGAGCUGGGUGUGACACAGGAUUUCGAAGCCCGCAGUGGAGAUGUGCUCCACUGGUUCGAGGCAGCAAGGGGUCCUGCCCAGGGCCCAGCCUUGCGACACAUCAGGUGUAGAGGACGACACGGCUGGGGGAUCCAGGUCCAGUGGGACGUGAUCGGGGUGGAGAUAGAGUCCCCGUUUGGGAGGCGCUUGGCCAUGCUCGAUGGGCGAUAUGGCGUGCGACGGGAGUCCAGGCCCUUUGGGAAGCACAUAACCGGGUGCACUUCGAUGGGACACAGCUUAGAGUAUCACAGGUACUGGUAG